AUGGCUGCCUCCGUCCAGCGCCCGCCUUCACCUCCUACCGAGGAGUUCGACAAAGACACCGUGGCACUUCACCUUCGCGGCCUGGCGCACCAAGCCACCCUCUUCCGAACCCAAUCUCUGAACCAAACCACCCUCGAUCAGAUCCUUGCCGCGGUCCAAGCUACCAACACACGCAUGGAUGCAGUGGAGACUCGCAUGGGUGAAAUGGAAACUCGUCUCAAAGAACGGAUGGAUGGCAUCAAGACUCAUACUGACGAACGCAUCACCACCCUGGAGACUGGAAUGAACAAACGAUUCGACAAGAUCGAUAGCUUUGCUCAGAACAGCAAGGCCCGCGCCAAGAACGCUCGCUCCCGCGAAGUCGGCGUCCCCUACACUCCUCUCGUCAAGGAAGAUGGCUCUGCUAUCCGAAACUUCCCUCUCACUUUUGACGAAGUCAAUACACUGGCCGAACCACGUCUCUCAACCCUCCUCCGUGCCGUCGGAGUCGAGCUCGAAGAUGACUGGACUGUCGAGCAGAAGCGAAAUGCCUUCUUCAGCGCCAUCGGCGUCAUGAACUUGCCUACCUUCCACUAA